AUGUCGACCGCAUCUAGUACAUCUGUGUCCGCCCUCACGGGCCGAGCCACCGCCGACCUCUGGCCCAAAGUGGCUUAUACGCUGGACGACAACGUCCCCGUAGCACCGCCCACCGCUCCCGGGAACGCCAACAAAACCGAGACCACAGCUGCCCCUCCGCGACAGCCGCCGACCGUCGACCUGGGCGCGAUGGCUGGCAUCCCCGUGGAGGUUCUCCACAUGAUCCUGCGGUGCUGUGACAUCCAGAGCAUGGCACAUUUCCGCGGGCUGAACCGACGGGCCGCCGACGUAGUGGACUCGCUGCCUGAGUAUCGGAUCCUCUGCCGGCACGCAGCAAAUCUGGGACGGGCGUAUCAUGCUGCGUCCGCACCCACCCCCAGUGAGAAGGACAAUAGCGGGGGAGCCGGCUCGAUCCUGCAGCCUCGCCGCCUCUGCUCCCCCCCCGUCCGCGCCAUCGUCGCCACGCUACACGACCCCCGGUGCGAAGGCUGCUCCCUCGCCCUCGGCACCUUUUUCUACCUACCGACAGGCCAUCGGAUCUGCAUCGCCUGCAUCGCGUCGUGGGGGGAUAUCAGCCCGGCCUUCCACAAGCCCGACACUCGAUUCCCUGGACGUUACUUUGUGCCGGUCACCGCGGCGAUGGCCGGGCGGUUGAUCGGGUUGCCCCGGGCGACAUUCGGGACGUUACCGGGGCGGAUGAGGGUUCUUCCAGGAACAUAUGGGGCUGUGAGUAGGAACAAUACCAGUGACGGACUGGUCACGUUUGGGGCGGGGGACAGCGAGGGGGGAUCAAUUGAAGGCUGGGAGGAAAUGGUCGACCUGGAGACUGUCGUCCGCGCGGCGGGUGUGGCAAGCGGAGGUAUGGACGAGUUGAUCAGAGUCUUGUUCGAUUACUUGCGUUGCUCGUCGAUGGAAUGGGAACAGGGGAUACUCGUGCGCCGGGGCCGGGACGAGGAGGUCGUCAGGCGGGAGAAGGCGCUAUGGUAUGCGGCGGUGGUUCGCGUGCCCGUGCUGCGCAGGUCUGGAGAGGCUGUGUCAGCCGAGUGGGGGUUUCCAUGUCCCGGGUGUAAGACGGAAGAGGGGCUGAAUCUGCGGUAUACGCGGGAAACGCUUUUGCUACAUAUCAAGAUGUUUGGGAAGGUCAAGAGAGGGAGGCAUGUCAAGGAGGAUGAAGUUUGA